CAGAGACAGAUAAAGAGGAAAAAAAUUGAGAAGACAGAAGUCACAUGGAACUACACGGAUAUGACGGAAUACGAUAAUAAUAAUAAAAUUAUCUCGAAACCGACAAUAAUUUGGCGUAAACAGAUGAUACGCUUACGUCCAUAAUCUAAGAUAGGCAUUGCAAUACAGUGAGAUUGAUUAACAGACAAAUCGAGAUAGACGAUAUACCCACGUUAUUAUCACCACCUCAAACAUAUCUACAAACGAACGAUAACAAAGCAGCGGGUAGAAAUUAUUGUCCGAUUUUGAUUUGGUAUAAAACGAGAACCGCAAGUUGAAAGCAAACUUAGUCGGUUCGUAACUUCUAAAACUUUAUAAUGUUGUCACCAAAGAGAGAAAGCACCUUGCAUUAUUUGGCUUUAUUCUUCGUUUGCCUGCAAGUCUGUGAAGUAACUUGCACCGUUUCUUCGGUUGGGUGCAUGGAUUUCAAUAAUAAACCGGUUGACUGGUUUAUUGCAUACAAACUUCCUCAUCACACAUCUGUUAUUGGAACUGAGUUCUAUUACAUGGACGCCAAUGCGAAGUCUUGGAAAUAUUCACCAAACAACAUCGAUUCCAAAAGCCAACCAAUUUAUUACACGCUACGACCAAUAUAUGAAAAUUCUACGAAAGGGAGUUUCAUGUAUAUGAUGUACAAUGAUGAGAAACCGGAUACACACUCAGCUACUGAAUCAUAUGGACACACGAAAGGUGUGAUAGCAUUUGACAAGCAAUCUGGAUUUUGGUUAGUUCACAGUACACCAAAAUUUCCAGAUUAUAGACACUCUGGCUACCAAUGGCCAGAUAAUGGCCACUACUUCGGUCAGACUUUCCUAUGUGUAACAUACCCUUAUAAGGAAAUGAAUAAAAUUGGAAAACAGCUGAAGUAUAACUAUCCCCAAAUAUACGACAAAAGCUUCCCGCAAACAAUGGUAAUGGAUAACCCUGAUAUGGCUGCUGUGGUUUUGAACCGUUCCAAAGUCUCUUAUCCACCUUGGAAUCAUACUGAAAUUCUUAUUUCUAAAGGUGGCAAAAAGUUUGUUAGUUUCGCUAAAUUUUCAAAGUUUAAUUCAGACCUUUACUCGUCUUGGUUGGCGCCAGCACUAGGUAGUAGUUUGCUGGUUGAGUCAUGGCAAAAUGGACGGGGCAAACUGCCUUCAUUCUGUCUUGGAAAAUAUCAGGUGUUUAAUGUCCGAUAUAUUGGCAUCAAUAAAUCAUCAUUUAAGCAAACACGGGACCAUUCAAAAUGGGCCAUCACUGUAAAAGGGGCUUCUAAAUACAUUGUUUGUAUUGGAGACAUCAACAGACAGGAACAUCAAGAGGAACGAGCUGGCGGCACCGUUUGUUUCAAAGACUCAAGCGUUUGGACAAGUUUCUACAAUGUUGUCAAAUCAUAUGAAAAAUGCCCAAAAUUAAGUGUGGCCAGCUAGAACCAACUACAUAGACAAGAAGAUGAAGAAAGACAGGAAGGAUAUAU